CCCUAUCUCCGGCCCAUCCACCACCCCAGCAGCCUCCCUCUCUCCCUCCUUGUUCCUGCACCUUCUUCUGCACCGCGCCUUGACCCGAGCCGGGGAGGACUCAAAACCUCACUCCCGCCUCAGGCCGCCUCCAGCACAUUGCCUCUCCCUUCGACCUCUCUUUCUCUCUCUCGCCUCUCCUUCUCGAGUUGUGAGAGGCGCCGAGAACUGCCAGACAGCAGCACCUUCCAGCCGAGCCUCCGCCUCGGUGCAAGCCUGCCGCCUUUUUGCUCUGCACCGGCCAUUGUGAACCAUCCCGGCCGACCGCCGACCCGCCACGACGCCUCCGCCCACUCCGCCGCGAUCGCCGCCCCCUGCGCUUCAGCGCCGACUGGGUUGCCACACGCGCCUGCCAGGAUCUCUCGGCCGCGCGCGAACCUCUGCCGAGUCCCCCGCGACCGUGUCCAAGCCCUGGACCGCACUGUCGCCCUCCGUGCGCCCCCCGGAGGCCGCAACCCGCCGCCGCUUCUCGACCGUCCCGUGUCGAGCCCACCGACCGUCCGGGCCUGUAUGUGCGCCUUUUUCUCUGCGCCCGCGCGUGGACCAUUCCCGGCGAUUCGUCCGCGCCGCACCCUGACCCCGGGGCGCCGCCGCCGAGUUGCAGACCGGAGAUCCGCCUCCGCUCAGCCGCACAGCCGCCCGACGCUCGCCUUGCCGCAGGCCGUGCGACGCUCCAGGCCCGAGCACUUCCGGAGCCUCAAAUCUCGACGUGCCCUACCUCCUGGACAUCCUCCGCCGUCCCGGAGCUCCUCGGCCGCCGCCGUGGCCGCCACUGCCCGUGGAACCCAAGCCGGAGCUCUUGCGGGCUGA